AUGGCACCGCUACACUCCUGGAGGAAGGUCCAUUGGAACUGGGCCUCCACCGACCAGAUACCCGAUAUCAGGAGAGUUCCUACCCAGCAGCUCACCUACCGGGAUGAGAGCGGACGAGACACAUCUCCAGCUCUCGGUCCCCAACUGACCACCCACUACAUCACAGCAAAACGCGGAGAGGUAAAUGCAUCCGCUAGGUAAGAAACAGAAUGAGAGGGUACAACAAGAUCAGCAUGUGGGCAUAGAUGAACUGCUCAUUGACACAUUGCUUAGUCUCACAGAGACACUUCACUACCUACCUUACAUUGUGCCAUGAGCCCAGCCAACAUACCCUCUCACCAGGGUGAAGGCAGGGAAGCCACAAGCCCGGGAGACCAAGCAUGCCCCACAGCUUACUACCUCCAACAGCCCACCAGAGCAGGACCAGGGGAGAAGAGCGACUCACAUGCAAGGACCCAGUGGAGUUAAAUAG